AUGCCCCCGAUUGCGGGGUUCUCCGGUGAGUCUCAAUCAUCAGAUGUUGCGACAUACACGGGUUGUUUCCGCAGCGGGCAAAGGGGGGGGGGGUAUGCUUCCGUUUUCAGGCGGCGAAACAGUGGCCAAAGACUCGCCUGGCCAAAGACUCGCUCGAGGCAAGCCCGGGGGCCUGGCACUUUAUAG